GCCUCCGCGCAGCCUCGGUUUCAUUCCGCUCGUUCGUCUGUCUCUCUCUCCCUCUCUCGCCGCCAUCGUGGUCCUCUCUAGGCUUAUUGGCCAGCGGUUCUUUGUGCGUCUAUCGCUCCAGGACCCGUUUCGAUCCCCUAGAAAAUGGCAUCAGAUGAAGGAAAACUCUUCAUUGGAGGACUCAGUUUUGAAACCAAUGAGCAGAACCUGGAGCAGUUGUUCUCCCCCUAUGGAGACAUUGCAGAAGUGGUUGUGGUGAAAGACAGAGAGACUCAGCGGUCCAGGGGGUUUGGUUUCAUUACCUAUUGCCGUCCUGAAGAUGCUAAGGAUGCCAUGAGAGCCAUGAAUGGAGAGUCUGUCGAUGGGCGUCAGAUCAGAGUUGACCAGGCUGGCAAAUCUUCCCGUGGCUCUUCUGGAGGAAGAGGACGUGGACGUGGAUUCUCCAGAGGCGGUGGAGGAUAUGGAGGUGGCCGUUACGACAACAGAAGUGGUGGCUAUGGUGGAUCCAGAGAUUACUAUGGCAGCAGGAAUCAGGGAGGUUAUGGGGACCGUUACUCUGGAAGCUCCUACAGAGACAACUACGAUAACUAGCUUGCGCCGAGCAUAAAUCCUUCCUGAAUCAAGAUCGUCCUUCCAAUGGCCGUAUUUAUAAAGAUUUUUGGAGCUUCGCUGAAUCUUGUUUAGUUCUCUACCUGUAUCUUUCCUUUUGCAGUCCUAUUGUAAGCAGCCCAACAGCUUCUGCUACAGGAUGGCCUGUUAAGAGCUUUCUGGGGGGAAAAUGUUUUAAUUUUGCCAUGGUUUUUUUUACAGGUGUGUUUAGGAAUUUUGAAUAAAUACUUUUAUUCUCACCCUCCCUCCCCCCCCUAUUUCUUUUAACAAGCUAAAAUGUGGGCUUUCCCCUUUAUUUCGCCUAUAAUUCCCCAGAGUCUGAGCAAGGUUUGAAGGUCCUCCUUGUUUUUAUAAAUGCAUUAAUACCUUGUAGUUUUGUAAAAGUCCUCUGGUGUAGCAAGGAAGGGGUAUGGUGGAAGGCAAAACCCCCUUGAUCAUAAAGGGAGACUCGUGUGUUUGAUCUUCAGAAAUCAGAAUUUAUACUGUAUGAUGUACCUAGAACUUAAGCUUGCAGAACUUGCAAGUUGUUCUUGAAAAAAAUUGUUUGUUUAUAUUUUUUUUAAACUGGAAGACUCACAUGUAACUCAAUAUUGUACUAAAAGUGGUUAAGGAAUUCCUGUAUUCAGUUCUUUGGCUUCACGAAGCCUAUUAAAUGCCCUUCUGAAAAUGAA